AUGGGGCGGAGCGGUCAAGCGGAAACGCAAUCAGAAUCUGCGAGAGAAGACGAGGACCAGUUCAUACGGUCGCAGCAAGCGAAGUAUGUGGAAUUUCUUGAGAAGCAGGUGUAUCGGAGACAGCAGGAGCUGCGGGUUGCGUAUUCGUAUGUUCAGCGGCUGAUGCAAUUAGCAAAUCCACAUGAAGGCGAAGCGGGUGCCAUUGAAAGAGGGGAUGCGACGCCGUCUGUAUACUACAAUGUUGACGAGCAGGAUGCGGUGGAUGUCAGUGGGAGAUCAGUAUCAGGAGGUGCGCAGAGAAGCCAAGCUCUCAUGGGAAAAGCUGCCAUGCCAGGAGGGCGCAGGUGGAUGGAACCACGGCAGCUACGUACACCGCUUGCAGUGGACUCUGUGCCAUGGCCGGUAGUGAUGGAACUAGCAACCGAGAAACCUAUUGAAGCAAACAAUGACAUUGAUGCAGCAAGACUCGACGAUAGCAGUCAGACAAAUAGAAGGGCAGCUGCAUCGUCACAGAUCUUCGAGAUGGUGUAUGACUCUCUCUACUCCCCGGAUUACGAGAUGCUGAUGCAAGCAACGCCGGGACUAGUAAGCGAUAUUGAUGCGGCAGAUAAAGGAGAACUCUUUGAAUGGGAAAAUACGGGGCAAGCCAACUCCAAGAGUAGUGGUGGUUCCGAUGUCGAGGCGGCGAAGAAACAAGCUCCCAGCGAAUUGUU